CAUCGUUGCGGCGGGAAGCAUGGACGAGCAAUCGCGGAUGCUGCAGACGCUGGCCGGCGUGAACCUGGCUGGCCACGCGGUGCAAGGGGGCAUGGCUCUGCCGCCUCCCCACGGGCACGAGGGCGCCGACGGCGACGGCCGCAAGCAGGACAUUGGCGACAUCCUCCACCAGAUCAUGACCAUCACCGACCAGAGCUUGGAUGAGGCGCAAGCAAAAAAGCACGCACUCAACUGCCAUAGAAUGAAGCCCGCUUUGUUCAGUGUCCUGUGUGAAAUCAAAGAAAAAACAGGUCUCAGCAUCCGAGGGGCGCAAGAGGAAGACCCCCCAGAUCCGCAGCUCAUGAGGUUGGACAAUAUGCUUCUCGCAGAAGGAGUCUCGGGUCCCGAGAAAGGCGGCGGAUCUGCAGCAGCGGCGGCGGCGGCGGCAGCCUCUGGCGGGUCUUCAGACAACUCUAUCGAACACUCAGAUUACCGAGCCAAAUUGACGCAGAUCAGACAGAUCUACCACACCGAGCUGGAGAAAUAUGAGCAGGCGUGCAAUGAGUUCACCACCCAUGUGAUGAACCUUCUCCGAGAGCAGAGUCGAACACGCCCCAUUUCCCCCAAAGAGAUAGAAAGGAUGGUCGGCAUCAUCCAUCGAAAAUUCAGCUCCAUCCAGAUGCAGCUUAAACAAAGCACUUGUGAAGCGGUCAUGAUCUUGAGAUCCCGGUUCCUUGAUGCCAGGCGAAAAAGACGCAACUUCAGUAAACAAGCCACAGAAAUCUUGAACGAGUAUUUUUACUCACACCUCAGCAACCCCUACCCCAGCGAAGAAGCCAAAGAAGAGCUGGCAAAGAAAUGCAGCAUCACGGUAUCACAGGUAUCCAACUGGUUUGGCAACAAGAGAAUCAGGUACAAGAAAAACAUAGGGAAGUUUCAAGAAGAAGCCAACCUUUACGCUGCAAAAACCGCUGUGACGGCGGCUCACGCUGUGGCAGCCGCUGUCCAAAACAACCAGACCAACUCACCCACCACACCAAACUCUGGUUCUUCCGGUUCUUUUAAUCUUCCUAAUUCUGGGGACAUGUUCAUGAACAUGCAGAGUCUGAAUGGGGAGUCUUACCAGGGGUCUCAAGUGGGAGCCAAUGUGCAAUCACAGGUGGAUACCCUGCGUCAUGUUAUCAAUCAGACGGGAGGAUACAGUGACAGUUUGGGAGGAAAUUCACUGUACAGUCCACAUAAUUUAAAUGCAAAUGGAGGCUGGCAGGAUGCAACCACUCCAUCUUCUGUGACUUCUCCAACAGAAGGCCCGGGAAGUGUGCACUCCGAUACCUCGAACUAAUCUCACAACAGAUCCCCUCCUCCCCUGUUUUGCCCUGCCCUGCGCUGAGAUGCCUUCUACUCUGUUCAAGGAAAAGACGGAAAGGAAAACCCCCAAAAGAAAUGUUUUCGCAGCCUAUAACGGAGGGCUUUACUGUAAAACCUUGUCGUAUUGCAAAAUUGGGCAUCUGUUUUGUGUUGUUGAGAUGAAAAAAAGAAACCUUUUUUUUUUUUUUGGAAGGUAUGAUUUUAAUCCUUUGUGUCGGUACCUCAAUCUCACAGAGAGGUGCGCACUCACUCAAUGUUAAGGAAAAAGUAACCAAGCACUUUAUCCAGCUAGGCCAAGAUUGCGUGUUGUUUUGUAGCCCUGUAACUGUUUGAAGGAUAUAAUUUAUUACCAAGCAGCUUCUUAAGGAUGGCCACCUAGUUGUUGGUUUCUUGGCUUGAAGAGGUAACUAAAGACUCAUUCUUAAGAAUAACCCCAAGUAUCAGGACCAGACUGAGCUUGGGGGCGCUGGGAGAGAAGGGCUAGGAGACCUUCCCUCACAUUGAGCUUCCGCUGCGAUUGGAAGCGAGUUGCCCCACCUUAGUCGUGCCCAACCUUGUAGAGCAGGGUGAAAUUGCUCUUCUCAGAACGUCCUUGGUUUUCUGCAGAUUUUGUCGGGACCUCUCCUUUAACCGAGGGGCGGAGCAGCCCUUUUCCCCGCCCCCUCCUUCCUUUCGAACCUUCGCAACAGAUGACGGCACAGUGCCUCUUCUCCUCGAGGUCCGUUGUCCGGCACAGACAAUCCGUGUGAGGCGGAGACCCUGGCUUUCGACGUUCGCAAAACCCCGGUUGCCACGUUUUACAGUCCAAGUUGGGUGCAUCUGCCGGGUUUUGCCACUGCUCCGUGUUGGCAAAAGGCCAAUGGGCACUAUUCCUUGGAGUGUUGUAUAUAGUGUAGCAAAAGAAUAUUUAUACAUCUCACCAAUCAAAACACAGCUUUAUUACCUCAUGCGAAAUCAUACAAACCAAUAGAAUCAUUCUUUAGCUUAGAGUGCUCACUACUACCUCUAAACCGGCCUUCGCCAACCUGGUGCCCUCCAGAUGUGUGGAACCAUAGCCUCCAUCAUCACUGGUCAGCUGUGUCUUCUGUCUGGGGAUGAUGGAAAUUGUAGUCCAACACACCCAGAGGGUGCUGGGUUGAGGAAGUCUGCUCUAAACAAUACUCACGCUGUAGUUUGUCUCUUUUUCUCCCCCCCCCCUUUCCUCC